GAUCAAGUGGUUGUCCCUGCAGAGCACAAUUUAAAGAAGGAGUUCUUCGAGCCCAGUAUGAGGAACGAGUUGGAUCACUUGCAGAGCAGCGACACCGCCUUGAAAGUGAGGAACAUGAAGCUCUUAUGACCUGGAACAGAGAAGAGAAAAUGAGAGCAUUACGCCGGAGGGAGGAACGCCUUCGACUACAGGAGGAGGCAGUACGUGUGCAGAAGGAGCUGUGUGAACAGAAACGUCAGAUUGCAGAGCAGGAACAGAUACAGGAGAGACAACAGGAGAUUGAGCAGCUGCAGGAAAUGGCCAAAUCCUUCAUCACCCCUGAGAACCUUUCAGAACGAAUUGAGGCUGCGUUGGAUAACCCCAAAGACUACAACUUCUGUCUGGAUCGAGAAGGGCGAGUUCUGAGGCAGCAUGGUGGACAGACAUAGGCCUGCCUGAGAAACAUGUGAACUUGUGAGGCUUCAUAAAGAACCAAUGUAACCUACAAGAUAAUGAUGUGUGUUGUGAAUCUGUAAUAAAAAUAUGUAUAUAAUGCA